AUGGGGAGCCAUUAUUGGCCCCACCUGUCUUUUGCAGCCAUUUUAUGCUUCUUCUCGAUCAAUGUCCCUGCCACCACCUUCACCAUAACCACCGCCUCCAUACGUUACAAGUCUCCACCACCACCUUCACCGCCGCCUCCUUACAUUUAUAAGUCCCCACCACCACGUUCACCAUCAACCCCACCUCCGUAUGUCUACAUAUCUCCCCCCUCCGCCUUCACCAUCACCAUCACCAUUCCUCCUCCUUACACAUACAAGUCGCCACCACCCCCAUCACCUUCACCACCUCAUCCUUAUGUGUACAAGUCUCCACCACCACCUUCUCCAUCGCAACCUCCUCCUUAUGUCUAUAAGUCUCCACCUCCACCUCCACCUUCACCAUCACCACCACCUCUUUAUGUCUACAAGUCUCCUCCACCACCAUCACUAUCACCUCCUCCUCCAUAUGUCUACAAAUCACCUCCACCACCUUCAACCUCCUUUUGUUUAUAA